UAUAUACGAGAGAACUGAGGAUCACCAUCAUUGAGAACAACAAGCAAGCAAUCUAAAGCGAAGAUAAAAGAAAGCCUACCACUUUGGUUUCCGCCUUAUACAAACCACGAUGAAGCACUUGCCUUACUUCCCUCUGUUAAGCCUCUUCGUAGGAGCUCUGAUACUUGGAAACACCAAACCAAGUGAAGGGUCUCUGUCUUCCGCAAUAGACACUCCGGGAAGCUUGCUAUCCGAUCUCUGGCUAGACAGGUUUCCUGAUCCGUUCAAGAUUUUGGAGAGAAUCCCACUAGAACUCGAGAGGGACCAGAGCGUGGCUCUGUCUCCAGCUAGAGUUGACUGGAAAGAAACAGCAGAAGGACAUGAGAUCAUGCUGGAUGUGCCUGGUCUAAAGAAGGAUGAAGUGAAGAUAGAGGUGGAGGAGAAUCGAGUCCUUUCAGUCAGUGGAGAGAGGAAAAGAGAGGAAGAGAAGAAAGGAGAUCAGUGGCAUAGAGUUGAGAGAUCAUAUGGAAAGUUCUGGAGACAGUUCAAGCUACCUGAUAAUGUUGAUAUGGAAUCUGUCAAGGCCAAGCUUGAGAAUGGUGUUCUCACUAUUAACCUCACAAAGCUGGCUCCUGAAAAGGUCAAGGGUCCUAGAGUUGUUAACAUUGCAGCUGAAGAAGACCAAACCGCAAAGAUCAGCUCCUCUGAAUCCAAAGAGCUGUGAUUGAAUAAUCUAUCUAUCUUCUACCUUUGAGUGUGAAGUGUUCUACAAAUCCAAUAACUUGAGUUUCAUAUCGUGUGAGAUAAAUGGGAUGUAAUCUUGUAACAUAUCUACCAAAAGCUUUGUAAGCUCUUUUUAUAUAUGCAAUAAAAUAUUCAAGUUUUUUAGUA